UAGGGUCGAAAUGCAGCGUCUCCCGCCAGUGCCUCUGGUUGCCAGUCUUCCCAAGUUGCGCUUGAGCGCGACCAGGUCAGCCAGCAGCCGCGUGGUAUCGAUGCAACCACUGCAAGCCAGCCGACCCAGAUCGCUCUACAUGCCAUUCCCGGACGAUGGCCGAGACCUGCUUAUCAAGAGUGUGGCGGAGCAGUGUGGAAUAGAAGCUGUCCACCAGGAAGACACCUUUGAGUCUUUGGGAUGCGACGAGCUAGAUUUGGUUGAGAUCUCCAUGGCUUUAGAGGAUUGUGGAUUUUGUCUGGAGGGAGAUCCAAUUCCAUUGUUGGAGGAGACUGUAGGAGGCGCAUGUCGUCGCAUGAAGAGGCUGUAACAUUUGGUGCACUGGAAGAAUCGAAUUAAUCCUAAUCUCUUUGUUCUUUAAA